CAGCUGUCAUGUCAAUGUCAGAUGCGAUCUAAACAAUUUCUGAGAAACUUUUCCUUAAAACUUGCGCUGUAUUUACCGUGGGAUUUUCUGCGUGUCUUACCGUCAAUGAAGUGUAAACAGUGAAAUAUCAAUCGAUAAUUAAUUGUAAUGGAAGUUCUAAAAGAUUACGACAAUGCAGACACAAUCAGUAUUGAUACUUUGGCGCUUGAAGAACUUCUUGAAGAGGAAAGGGCGAGAGAAUUGGCCGACUUGAACUCCUUGAGUAAAAAAGUGGGUCACCUUCAUACAAGUUUGCUGUAUUAUCGUAACUCAAAGUCUAAGAUGGGUGCAGCGAGCUAUGAAACUUGGAGGACGCUGGUAAAGAAGGUCGGAGGCACUCCCGACGGUUGGAGGGAUCUUGGCUACAUUUUAGGCAUACCACAGGAUGAUUUGGAUUACAUAUCAAACUCAAUGAAAUAUGAACCAGACCCAACUAAUGUAGUACUUAAAGUGUUCAUGCAAGAUGAAGAUUCAACAUUAGACAAAAUUAUAGACGCUUUCCUGAAGCUGAAACGCUACGACAUAUUAAAAGCACUUGAGCAGUCGCUCCUCGAUCUCACACAAUGCUUUAACGAUAAACAGGAAGACAGUGGUUAUCAUAGCAAUAGCAAAAACGUACAGCGAGAAAUAAUAAGUUACAUGAAAAAUUUGGUGAACGAUUUACCACCCGCCUUAUCGAAAAAUAAAGACCACAACCAGCCAAAUCCGGUACCAAGAAUACCGCUAAAUCCAGUAGAUAUUAAUGUGCAAAAGGAUGGGCCAAUUCUGUUUCUCACAUAUGUGGAAGAUGGUUUACGGACAGCUUGUAAUAUUCAGCGAUUGGUUGCCGGUUGGGAUUCAGAAGUUAGGGUGGUUAUGCUCAAUGAUAGAAGGGAUGAAGUUUAUCAGAAUCCGGAGAGAUUUAUUAGGGAGUAUGUGGAAAAGGCUGACUAUGUAGUACCAAUCCUCACAACGGGCUACCUAAGCGCAAUAAGAACACACAACACCAGCGCACCCAGCACCAACGGCAACUUAGACCACAAAUACGUCAACUACGUCUACAAUUUGAUCACCGGACAAUAUAUUUACGCAGACGGGUGUCUAAAUAAGAAGGUUAGAAGUGUACUGCCUGAAGGAGUGUUUGUGCCUUGGAUGUUGAUAUCGUCUUAUCCGGUAUUGAAACCGUGGACUUGUGAAUCAGAGUUUGAUAAACAGUUCAAAUCGUUUUUGGGGUUGACUGAUGGCUCAUAGAUAAAUGUAUUAUUGUAUCUAGAUUAUUUUAUAAUUUUAGUCUUAUUAUUUACUAAAUUGGGACUAAAACAUUAACCUCGUGAGACUAAAUGUACAUAUUCGUUGCAAUCUACUUUGAACCUUUCAUGAACCAAAUAAAGUAGCAUUUCUUUUGUUUCAUUGCUGUUUAAAACAAACGAAAUUCGUUCCAAUUUACUUUUAGAAUAAGGUUCAAAUAAAAAAUUGGGAAUCUUUUAUAUGGUGGGUCUUACGAGGUUAAGUCGCGCGAUAAUGAGCGCGAAAUUGCACUUGUGCUCCCUGAGAAAGACUAAAGUUGAUUUUAACAUCUAGAGCGGGUAUUUCGAGCUACCCACACUUGGUCUUUACUCUUUAGUGUUAACUUUAAAAUCCUGCACAUUAUCACUCACUAAACCAUAUGACUGGAUUCUAAGGGCCGGUACAGACGUACUGCAACUUGUACGAACGACGGACGAAGAAAAUUGCAGUCGGGUUGCAGUCUGUCUGUAUCGGCCCUAAGUGAAUGAUAUCCUAUAACCAUUGCAGCAAUUUUAUUUGUUUCAAUGGCUUUACGCCUAUUCCCGUUUUAUUAAAUAACAAUGUGAUUGUGAAAGCGAAUAUAUUUCAGUCUUGCCUAUUAAUGUAUGCCGUGUGCUUGAUAUGUGUAGCAAUGAUUAUAUAGCAAUUUAAUUGGCCGUUAUUUCCUUAAACUAUACUUUUUGGAAAUGACGGCCAAGUAUCAGUGUAAGAUAUACCUAAAUACCUAGAUAUUAAGUGCCUUCUAGCUUUAUAUUUCUCAUAUUGAAAAUGUAAUGAAAUGAGGCUUUACUUAGCCUUUUAUAAAGAUGUCCGAAAUGAAAUAAUAGUUCAAAUUGUAUAAGCUUAGUUUGAUUAUUUUUAUUUAAUAUUAUUUAACCUUAAUAAUUCUUUGCCUCAAUGUACCUUAUUAUCAUUUAAGUAAUGAUUGGGUUGUGUGCUCAUAUUCUGGCAGUUCAAUUGUAUUAAUGUAAUAGUUUAAUUAUGAAUAAAACACUUUUAUAU